GGCAGAUCAUUGCAAAGCCAUCGUAAAACAGUUGUAACUCGAAAAUAGAAUAAGAUAUUUCAAAGGUGUGAUAUUUGAAGUGUUUUUUUAAUUUUCUGUGUUUUUUUUAGAUGGCACAGUAACAAUAAACGAAGUCAAACUGAUGGUUAUAUUCGACCCUCCUCAUCUUAUUAAAGGAUUGAGAAAUAAUUUUUUGAAUAAAGACAUUUCCUUUGAAGGAAAAUUAUCCACAUGGAGAGACAUCGUGGAUGUAUACGAAACGGACUGCAAUAAUAUGGAAACAAGAAUGCUGCAUAAGUUAAAUGACCAGCAUGUGAUACCUGAAAAAAUUAAAAAGAUGAAGGUCAAGAACUGUGUAAAAGUAUUUAGUUACACACUGUCUUCGGCUCUAUCUUACACAGCCAACUUCUCUCACUAUGCGGACGGCAGACCUGUGAGUGAAACAUUAAGAAACACUGCUGAAACAGUUUUGUUCUUUGAUAAAUUGUUUGAUAGCAUCAACGGAUCAGCAACCUAUUCACAAAAGAAAGGAAAAGAGCUACGCUGUGCAGUGACAGAAAAAUCUAAGCACCAUGAAUUUUGGCCGGAGAGCAUCGAGAAACUGGAAAAAAUUAAAUAUGUAGAUUCCAAGGGAAAUCCGAAAUCCGUGCCUUCCUUAAAAAACUUUAUUGCCACGGUAAAAACAUUCAUGAAGCUGUGGCAGUUUUUUAAGAGCAAAAAUAUGACAAUAAUGCGCCCAAGGUUCUUCAAUUCAGAUCCAAUUGAAAACUUCUUUGGCCAAGUCAGGGCCUAUAAUUAUAGGAACAACGACCCCAACUGCCACAGUUUCAAGAACACCUUUAAAUCAUUAUUGAUUACUAGAAUGAUAAAGUUUCAUGGUGACGCUUAUAAUUGUGAGGAUGACUCGGCAGACCAAAUAAUUAAUUUAAAAUCAUUAUUUGAAGAUAGUGAAACUGCUAGGGUCGAGCCGGGUCAUCCCAAAGUAGGAGAUGUAGAAGAUACUGUAGAAGAGGCCCAACGGGAGCAACUAAAUGUUCUCCAUUCGCGAGCGUACACUGCUGGAUGGGUGGUAACAAAAACAAUGCAGAAAUAUAAUAAUCAAUGUGACAGUUGCAGAAAAAGCCUUACUACUAAAGAAGGCGCAAUCCACAAAUGGAUUCAUCAAAGAGAGUAUGAUGCCGCCACGAAACGCCUUACUUACCCAUCCAGAGGUGCUGUUCGGUGUUUCGGUACAAUUAUUAAAGAAACAAACGGAUUCUUGGAACACCGAGCCCAUGAAUUAAAUCUGACGGCCAAAAUUAUGGAAAAAAUUUUGUUCAACAAUCCAUUUAGUUUCUUUAAAUGUACCACACACCGUGAAAUUUUGUCAUAUUUUAUUUCCGUGACAGUAAAGUUCUCGAUUACAAAUUGGUGCAAUAACAUUAAUAAAAUAUUAAAAGGAACGGAUAUUGUGCGGAUAAAAAACCGCACUUUGCCUGCGAUGCAGCAGAAAGCUUUUUUAAAAUAUAAGAAAAGACUGAGGAAUAAAUCGUUUAAUAAAUAAAAUUGUGUUUUAUUUAAAUUAUUGCGACAAGUGUAGUUCCCGGCAUUUAAAUUGAACACUGACUCAAU